AUGAGAACAAGACGAUUGAUACUUUGGUUUCGGCGGCACAAGGAAAAAAGAGAGAAGAAAAAGGAAGAAGAGGAAGAAGAAAGAAGAAUCCAACCCAACCUAACCUUCUUCUCGAAGGAACACCGCGCGCAGCACCACCAGGUCCAGCGACUCCAGAUGGCUUUGAGAGGUGCGUGGCAAUUGCAAAAGCUGAUUGUGAGCUUUUCUGAUUGGGGAGGAAGCAGUAGGGGAAUCAGGUCAUUUAUGGAGUCAUAUCUACCAGUAUUUAAGGAGAAGAAUCCUCAGCUGGAGGUGGUUACUGAACUCAUCCGGGGUCAGCAUCCACAUUUGAAGGGCUUAUACAAGAACAAAAGUGAGAGGGUGGUAUGUGUGAAGAAUAUGGAUCCAGAAGAGGUUCUUCAAUAUGCAACCAGGCUAAGAAAUUCACUGGGAAGAAAAGUGGUGAAACUGAAGACUAGACAUGUAACCAAACAUCCUAGCGUGCAAGGUACCUGGACAACAGACGUGAAAUUUUGA